AUGAAUGACUUCAUAACUCCGGCGCCCGAGCCUCGCACCGAACUCGGUCGCUACCGCGUGCUCUCGUCAACUGCAGGAAUCCGCGUAUCGCCUCUCCAACUUGGAGCCAUGUCCAUUGGCGAGGCCUGGUCAGAUCUCAUGGGCUCAAUGAACAAAGAGUCUUCCUUCAAGCUGUUGGAUGCCUUCGUCGAAGCAGGCGGCAACUUUAUUGAUACGUCCAACAACUAUCAAAGCGAACAGUCCGAGUUCUGGCUGGGUGAAUGGAUGACGUCCCGGAACAACCGUGACAGAAUGGUCAUAGCCACUAAGUUCUCAACUGACUACAAAUCCUACGAGCAGGGCAAAGGCAAUGCCCCUAAAUGCUGCGGAAACCACAAGCGCUCUCUCCACAUGAGCGUGCGUGACUCGCUGAAGAAACUCCAGACCGACUGGAUUGAUAUCCUCUAUGUCCACUGGUGGGACUACACCACCUCUAUCGAAGAACUUAUGGACAGUCUCCAGAUCAUGGUCGAGCAGGGCAAGGUGCUGUACCUGGGCAUCUCGGACGCUCCGGCGUGGGUGGUCAGCGCGGCAAAUACCUACGCCCGCGCCCACGGCAAGACCCCCUUCAGCGUCUACCAGGGUCGUUGGAAUGUGAUGCUGCGCGGCUUUGAGCGGGACAUUAUUCCCAUGGCCCUUCAUUUCGGUAUGGCUCUGGCACCUUGGGAUGUGCUAGGUGGUGGGAGAUUCCAGAGCACUAAGGCUCUGGAGGAACGACGCAAGGCUGGCGAGGGAGUGCGCAGCUUAUUGGGACCCAGCGAACAAACACCAGAUGAGGCCAAGAUGAGUGAAGCCCUAGGUAAGGUGGCUGCCGAGCACGGAAUUGAGUCGGUGACGGCCGUCGCCUUGGCCUAUGUCUUGCAGAAGGUUCCCAACGUGUUCCCCAUCGUGGGAGGGCGCAAGGUCGAACAUCUCUCCGAUAACAUCCAGGCACUCAAGAUCAAGUUGACGCCGGAACAAGUGGCGUACCUGGAAAGCGUUCGCCCGUUGGACCUUGGGUUCCCGCACGAUAUGAUAGGAACUGAUCCUAAGGUUAGCGGGGUCCCAAGCCCUUGGAUAAACUUCGGUUCCAAGCUGGCUCUGCAGCCGGCACUUAAGGGGAUUCCACCUUCUUGA